AAGUUCCACUCCACUUCCAAGGCUGCUGUGUGCCACUACCACCGUCAUCUUACAGGCUGUUGUAUGCUGCCGCCGCUGCUCAGUUGCCGUGUCAGUUCAGUGAAUUCAGUGGUAGACGCACCUCGGCAGUGCUGCAGUGCUUACUUGCUGUUUUGUAUUAAGGAUAUGCAUCAUGGUGGGGCGGGGACUGCUGCUUCACUCAGCUGUCCUUACCUGGGUAGGAAUCUGCCUGGCGAGGGGCAUGACAGUGGACCUUGCUUCCCUGCCAGCCUAUGACGCCUCACGACACACCCAUGAAUCUGUGCUGGAUCCCGAUGGCGUCUUUACAGUCCUAUGGACCCCUGACCUUGAUAAACAAGAGGUGGUGUGGGAGAUUCAUGCUCGCACACGAGGCUGGCUGGGCUUCGGGUUCUCCAGUAAUGGCGGGAUGGACGGUGCCGACAUAGUGACGGCGUGGGUGGAGGACGGAAAGCUUCACUUGCAGGACCGGCAUGGCGUGGGUCCCGAGAUGCCUCCUGAAGACGAAAUCAGCGACUGGCGGCCUCUGUACGCCAGGGAGAAUGACACUCACACGAUGCUGGUUGUGGCCCGCGAUGUGAACACCUGCGACCUCAACGACUACGUGCUGUCGAAUGAGACCGUCCGUCUCAUAUAUGCAUGGGGAGAGGAAGAUCCCAGCGGCGACCACCCUCCCUAUCACGGCCCGCGGAGAGGCAACAGGUACGGGCUAGUGCUAGCGCCAUUCCACCGGGACGGGUUGCCAGAGGAUUAUGAGACGAUAACGGUGAGGCAGCGCAUCGUUCUCCCGCACACGCAGGACACCUUCUAUUGGUGCCACAUAGAGAAGAUCCCAGAGUGGAAAGAAAAACACCACUACAUAGGAUUCGACAUGAUCUACGGCGAGAAUGCGCAUUCCAACCUCCACCACUCAGUCGCCUUUGAGUGCCACACGCAGGACGGCACUGAUCCCGCCAAGCUGCUGGAACGUCACGUGGGCCACCCUGGCUAUGAGUGUUACACGCCAAACAUGCCGCCGGAGUUCUAUCUGUGCGAACGCUUCCUGAUCAACUGGGCCAUCGGCAGCGAGGGGGAACUGCUGCCGGAGAAGGUGGGUAUCCCGUUGAGGCACGAGCACGGCGGUGCCACGUACCUUAUGUUCCAGAGCCACUAUGAUAAUAAGCAGCUGAAGCGUGACGUGACAGUGGAGUGGGGUAUGAGGCUGCACCACACCACUCAACUUAGACAGUGGGACGCCAGCAUCAUCGGUUUGGGGCACUCGCUGAUCUUCUCCCUGACGGUGCCGCCACGGACGUCAGAUUGGUUGGUAGCGGGCCACUGUUCCUCAGCCUGCACCGCCGCGGCGCUCCCACCAGAGGGUGUCAACAUUUUCACAGUAUUCCUCCACGGCCACUACUUAGUCCGUGCCAUCAGGUUACGACAUUUCCGAGGACAUAAGGAGCUUCCGCCUAUUGCCAUCGACGCCAACUACGCUGCAGAUUUCCAACAGUCCCGUCGUUUGUUCCGAGAAGUGAAGCUUCUACCCGGAGACCAUCUGACUGUCGAGUGUGAUUAUAACAGCGAAACCAGAGGCGCUGCGUCCUUCACCGGCUGGAGCGCUGAUGACGAGAUGUGCCAAGCCUUCAUCAACUACUACCCAAGAGUACCCCUGGCUGUGUGCCGCUCCUCGCCUCACCCGCGUCUCCUCACCAGACUAUACCACCUGAAGGAAUUUCAAAGCGACCUAGAUCUGUCAACGUUCGAGUUCAACCCUGCGGUGGGCGAUGGUCGGCGGUACCAGGAGGCAGUGAACGCGUUGCCGUGGGCCAGCCUGGAUAAACAGAAGAUUAACAGUGAAAUUAUUAAUGGCGACCAGUUCAUUAAAUGCCAAUACAAUUAUGGCAUUCCCCUCAAGCUGAACACCAACGUGACGCGGUAUCCGAAAGCCGUCCCGUUUGUACCGCCAGAGGACGAGUUAUGUGCCGGCCGCCGCAAGCAUGGCCGUGUGUCUGCCACGGCAUCAGUCCUGUCUUCCCGACUGACCCACAGCCUUCUGCCGUGGCUGCUUGCGCUGGUAGUGGUGGUGGUGGUUCUUGUGUGAAAUGCAAGUCUUGUAUUUCAUUUCGCUGAACUAUACUCUGUCGCCGACAAGGAAGAGGACUAAGGCCAGACAGAAGAGGCCAAUUUUUUUUCCAGGAUUUACAAAGAAAAGCUAGAAAUUGAAUUGGUGUUGUUAUGUACUAAUUGCCAUAGUUAGGCAGUUAAUUAGUUAAUGUGUGUGUGUGUGUGUGUGUGUGUGUGUGUGUGUGUGUGUGUGUGUGUGUGUGUGUGUGUAUUUACCUAGUUGUAGUUUUACAGGGCC